UUUUUUUUUCGGUCACCGCGCCUAUUCAUUCCCCUUCCCCUCGAUCAGUUUUUUUUUUUUUUCUGACUAUAUAUAAUUGUUUCUAUUUCUUCAUUUGUCUUCCACUCAUUUUAUAUUUGAACAAUGGAAACAUUUAUUGGACAUAUCAAGACUCCUCAAGAUGCCUUGAUCAUAUUUGAAGCUUGUCGACGAGGUAUGCUACACAGAGUCAAGCGACGACUUUCCACCAAAGAGCGCAUAAACAUUCAAUCGGGGUCCAUAUUUGCUUUUGAUGAAGCCGAAGCUGGUAUGCGACGUUGGACAGACGGACGAACAUGGUCUCCAAGUCGUGUUUUGGGGAGUUUUUUGACUUACCGCGAAUUGGAUACAAAAAGACGACCUAGACGACAUUCUUCUCAUGCUGGUACUUGUUCUUACAAACCCAAUGGUCUUAUCAAACAAAGUUUCUCCAUUUGUACUGCAUCUAACCAAAAGAUGCAUCUCAUCUCUUAUUAUUCCAAAGCUGAUGUCAUCAAGGGCAAACUCACUUUACCUUCCAUGGAUCUUCGACUUGGUAACAUUGUCAUUCCCAAAGGUUUUUAUCCGGAACUCAAUCCCUUGGACACCAGUGGUGGUCAUUCUGCAACUUUACACCUAAUGAUGAAAGCUUCCAUUGAAAACCAACAACGGCAACAUACUAACAGCCCAAGUCCUCCUUCUAGCCCAACGACGACUACUACUACUACUACUCCUCUCAACCAUUCGGAAAAGGAUCAUGGAUUAUUAUUACGACAACAACCACCUUCUUUAUCAUCGUCACCAUUAUCGGUUUGUUCUGACGAUGAUUUAUUAUCGCCUUCUCAUACAUUAUUACCAUUCACAUCUCAUCAUGUUACAACUGCAUCAUCCAAUGGAACUCAACAAUCAUUAUCGGCUACGCUUACAUCCAAACAUUCUCCAAUAAUGGCAAAUCAAUCUACUCAGCCUUUGUUACCUCCUGUUCAAGUAUGGAAACCUUAUUCUUUACAAUCCGAAGAUACGAGACAAUUGGAAGCUCUCAAGGCUCAAUUACGAAUUUGAAUCAUCCUCUUCCCUCCUUAUCUCUUUUUUUUUUUUGUAUAUAGUUUAUGCUUUUUUUUUUGUCCUUUUAUUUACACUCUUUAUCCUCCCUCUCCUUGUUAGCUUAUCUAAUAUAUAUUAUAUUAGAUGACUAAUUACAAACAUUUUGACAUUAUCAUUAGUUUUGUAUACAUCUGAAAUCUUUGAUUCCUUCACCAUUCGUUCGUUUGUUUCAUCUCCUUCCCUUCCUUUUUAUAUACAUACUAGUUUAUCAUUACCAUCGUUCGUCUUUUUAUUAUUAUUAUUAUUAUUAUCAUUAUUAUUAUUAUUAUAUAUAUAUACAAAUGUCUACACACAGAUACACAUCCAC